AUGAGGGGCGCAGGACCAAGGAAGGUCCCAAGGUCACCCUACAAGGUGCUGGAUGCGCCCGCUUUGCAGGACGACUUCAACCUCAACCUCAUCGAUUGGUCUUCACAUAAUGUCCUCGUUGUUGGGUUGGGCAAUUGCGUUUACUUGUGGAAUGCAUGCAGCAGCAAGGUCACCAAGCUUUGUGAUUUGGGGGUGGAUGACAAUGUUUGUUCUGUGGGGUGGGCGCAGCAUGGCAUUCACCUAGCUGUAGGCACAAAUCAAGGAAAAGUUCAGGAUGCAACUCGUUGUAAAAGAAUAAGAACAAUGGAAAGCCAUCGCAUGCGUGUAGGUGCUCUUGCAUGGAGUUCUUCAUUUCUUUCUUCUAGAAGCCGUGACAAGAGCAUCCUCCACCAUGAUAUCCAUGCUCAAGAAGAUUAUGUUAGCAAGCUUACCGGGCAUAAAUCUGAGGUUUGUGGACUCAUGUGGUCUUACGACAAUCGUCAGCUUGCAUCAGGUGGCAAUGAUAACAGACUUUUUGUUUGGAAUCCACAUUCAGUACAACCAGUACUGAGCACACAGCAGCUGUCAAAGCUAUUGCCUGGUCACCUCAUCUCCAUGGCCUGCUUGCAUCUGAUGGAGGAACCACAGAUAGAUGCAUACGAUUUUGGAAUACGACCACAAAUACACACUUGA